AUGAAUCAGAAGCAACACGUUGAAACCGUUGUGAUCAAGCAGACAGACCAAGUUCGUAGUAAUUAUCGCAUUCUAUUAACUGCUGCACUUGAUUGCACUAGAUAUUUAUUGCGACAAGAUCUUCCUUUUCGUGGUCAUGAUGAAAGCGAAACAUCUAGCAAUAAGGGUAAUUAUGUGGAGCUUUUGCAAUUUCUUGCCGAUCAUGAUGAGAAAGUUCGUGCUGUUGUGUUUGAGAACGCUCCAAGGAAUCUCAAGUAUAUUGCUCCUAAAAUUCAAAAAGAACUUGUCAAUUCUUGUGCCGUUGAAACCAUUGAUGCAAUUAUUAGUGAUAUGGACGAUGCAUUCUUUUCUAUAUUAGUAGAUGAAUCACGUGAUGUUUCAAUAAGAGAGCAAAUGGCAGUGGUGUUGCGUUAUGUGAACAAAAAAGGGCAAGUAAUUGAAAGGUUUGUGGGUGUCCAAUAUGUCUCUGAUACAACUAGUAGCAAAUUGAAAGAGGCAAUUGAGCAGUUGAUUUCUUCAACAAAUUUGAGCAUGUCCAGGCUACGAGGACAGGGGUAUGAUGGCGCUAGUAAUAUGAGAGGUGAGCUCAAUGGUCUUAAAACACAGAUUUUGAGAGAAUAUCCUCAAGCAUAUUAUGUCCAUUGUUUUGCACAUCAACUACAACUAGCUCUUGUAGCCGUGGCAAAGGGAAAUGAAAACAUUGCUACUUUCUUCACAACGGCUAGUAGUGUCGUUAAUAUUAUUGGAGCAUCGUGUAAGCGUCGUGAUGCACUUAGAGAGCAACAACAAAAAGAUAUUAUGGAAACUCUUGAAAUUGAUGAUCUUGAAACGGGGCGAGGGUUAAAUCAAGAGACUACUCUCAAACGUCCUUGUGAUACACGUUGGAACUCACAUUAUGAUACUUUACUUAGUAUUAAUAUUAUGUUUCAUCCCGUGGUGAAGGUGCUUGAAUGGAUUGUUGAUGAUGUCAACCAAGAUAAUUUAGGUGAAGCAAAUAGGUUGUUGAAAGAAAUACAAACUUUUGACUUUGUGUUUCACUUAUAUUUGAUGAGAUUUAUAUUGGGAAUCACAAAUGAUUUAUCAAAGGCAUUACAAAAGAAAGAUCAAGAUAUUGUGAAUGCGAUGAUGUUGGUCCAAAGAUGUAAGCAAAAGCUACAAUCCGUGAGGGAUGAUGACUUUGAUGAUUUGCUCAAGGAAGUAUCAAUAUUUUGUGGUAAAAAUGAUAUUGACGUUCCUAACAUGGAUGAUUUAUUUGUACCACAAGGGAGAUCAAGACGUAAAGCUCAUAAAAUCACAAACCGCCAUUAUUAUUGUGUGGACUUAUUUCUUACUAUCAUUGAUAAGCAACUAGUGGAAUUGAAUAAUCGCUUCACUGAGGUAAAUACUGAAUUGCUUCUUUGUAUGGCAUGUUUGAGUCUGGCUUAUAAUUUUGCAGCUUUUGACAAACAAAAAAUACUUCGUUUUGCUAAAUUUUACCCUCCAAAAUUUAAUGACCGAGACCUCAUGAAGCUUGAAGAUCAAUUUGGGCUUUAUAUUGUUGAUAUGCAUAGCAGCACAGAGUUUUCAUCAUUAGAAUUACUGAUAUGGCAUAAAAAUUGGUGA